ACCCCGAGGACGCAGUCAUGCCGGGCGGGGCCGAGGCGGGAGAGGCCGAGGAGGAGGCUGGGGCCGGCUCCGGGUCCGAGGCGGAGGAGGACGCGCUGUGGGAGCGGAUCGAGGGCGUCCGGCACCGGCUGACGCGCGCCCUCAAUCCGGCCAAGCUCACGCCGUAUCUGCGCCAGUGCCGGGUCAUCGACGAGCAGGACGAGGAGGAGGUGCUGAGCACCUACCGCUUCCCGUGCCGCGUCAACCGCACCGGGCGCCUGAUGGACAUCUUGCGCUGCCGUGGCAAGAGGGGCUACGAGGCCUUCCUGGAAUCCCUGGAGUUCUACUACCCCGAGCACUUCACGCUGCUCACUGGCCAGGAGCCUGCCCAGCGCUGCUCCAUGAUCCUCGAUGAGGAGGGGCCCGAGGGCCUGACCCAGUUCCUGAUGACGGAGGUGCGGCGGCUUCGGGAGGCUCGCAAGAGCCAGCUGCAGCGGGAGCAGCAGCUGCAGGCCCGGGGCCGGGUGUUAGAGGAGGAGCGGGCAGGGCUGGAGCAGAGGCUGCGGGAGCAGCAGCAGGCUCAGGAGCGCUGCCAGCGGCUGCGGGAGGACUGGGAGGCAGGCAGCCUGGAGCUGUUGCGGCUCAAGGAUGAGAACUACAUGAUCGCCAUGCGUCUGGCACAGCUCAGCGAGGAGAAGAACUCGGCCGUGCUGCGCAGCCGUGACUUGCAGCUGGCGGUGGAUCAGCUCAAGCUCAAGGUGAGCCAGCUGGAGGAAGAGUGCACACUGCUGCGCAGGGCCAGGGGCCCGCUCCCCGGGGCCGAGGAGAAGGAGAAGGAGCUGGACAGCGCGGACCUGGUCUCUGAGCUGCGUGCCGAGAACCAGCGGCUGACCGCGUCCCUGCAGGAGCUGCAAGACGGCCGGCAGCAGGAAGCAAGCAGGCCGGGGGCCCCAGGCUCAGAGCGCAUCCUUCUGGAUAUCCUGGAGCAUGACUGGCGGGAGGCACAGGACAGCAGGCAGGAGCUGUGCCAGAAGCUGCACGCUGUGCAGGGGGAGCUGCAGUGGGCUGAGGAGCUGCGGGACAAGUACCUGCAGGAGAUGGAGGACCUGCGGCUGAAGCACCGCACACUGCAGAAGGACUGCGACCUCUACAAGCACCGCAUGGCCACCGUGCUGGCCCAGCUGGAAGAGAUUGAGAAGGAGCGAGACCAGGCUAUCCAGAGCCGUGAUCGGAUCCAGCUGCAGUACUCACAGAGCCUCAUCGAGAAGGACCAGUACCGCAAGCAGGUGCGGGGCCUGGAGGCCGAGCGGGACGAGCUGCUGACCACGCUCACCAACCUGGAGGGUGCCAAGGCCCUGCUGGAGGCACAGCUGCAGCGAGCCCAGGGUGGCCCCUGCCUCAAGGCCUGUGCCUCCUCCCAUUCCUUGUGCUCCAACCUCAGCAGCACCUGGAGCCUCAGCGAGUUCCCCUCCCCGCUGGGAGGCCCAGAAGCAGCUGGGGAGGCAGCUGUCGUGGGGGGACCUGAGCCCCACACUUCGGAGGAGGCCACAGACAGCGAGAAGGAGAUCAACCGGCUUUCCAUCCUGCCCUUCCCUCCCAGCGCCGGCUCCAUCCUCCGCCGGCAGCGGGAGGAGGACCCCGCACCUGCUAAGAGCUCCUGCCCCUCCCCGUCCUCUCUGCCCAGGUCCUUUAGCAGCAUGUCAGACAUCACAGGGAGUGUAACGCUUAAGCCCUGGUCCCCAGGGCUCUCCUCGUCCUCGUCCUCCGACAGCGUGUGGCCGUUGGGAAAGCCGGAUGGCCUCCUGGCCAGAGGCUGUGGCCUGGAUCUCCUCAACAGGUCUCUGGCCAUCCAAGUGUCUGGCCGGAGCCCCCCGGGGGGACCUGAGACCCAGGACAGAGGCUCAGACGGCCUGCCGUUUCUUGGGGACAGCUGGUCUGGGGCCACUGUGGUUCGGCGAGUGCUCUCUGGGCCGGGGUCUGCCAGGGUGGAACCAAGAGAGCCAAGGGCAGAGGCCGCUGGCCUGGAGGGGACAGGCCUGGAAGGCGAGGCCCAGCAGAGAACCUUGCCCUGGAACCAGGUGUCCACACUUCCCUUCCUGAUGGACUCCAAGGCUUGUCAGUCCUUCCACAAGGCCCUGGAUGCCUGGGCGAAGGGGCUUGGUGCCGAGCCCUUCUACAUUCGAGCCAACCUCACUUUGCCUGAACGGGCAGACCCCCACGCCCUGUGUGUGAAAGCUCAAGAGAUCCUGCGGCUGGUGGACCCGUCAUACAAGCGGCGGCAGGAGUGGUUCUGCACACGGGUCGACCCCCUCACGCUGCGGGACCUGGACCGGGGCACGGUGCCCAAUUAUCAGAGUGCCCAGCAGCUUCUAGAAGUUCAGGAGAAAUGCCUGCCCUCCAGCCGGCACCGAGGGCCCCGCGGUAAUNUGAAGAAGCGAGCUCUAGACCAGCUGCGGCUGGUGAAGCCCAAGCAUGCCGGGAGCCCUACAGCGGACCCCCCAGAGCAGCUGCUGCUGGAGCCCAGCUCAGAGCCGGAGCGGAGUCUCAAACCCUACAGCCUGGUGCAGCCGCUGCUGGUGCCCGCCCUGCGGCCUGUGGUGCUCUUGCCCGAGUGCCUGGCACCCCGGCUCAUCCGCAACCUGUUAGACCUGCCCAAUUCCCGGCUGGACUUCCAAGUGUGCCCAGCCGAAAGCCUAUCUGGGGAGGAACAGUGCAUACCCUCAGCGCCUGGGGCCCCCAAGGCUCAGUCUGCCACCCCUGGACUGGGCAGCAGGAUCCGAGCCAUCCAGGAGUCUGUUGGGAAGAAGAAACACUGCCUAUUGGAGCUGGGUGUGCGGGGCGUGCGGGAACUGGUCCAGAAUGAGAUCUACCCUAUCGUCAUCCAUGUGGAGGUGACCGAGAAGAAUGUCCGGGAAGUCAGGGGUCUGCUGGGCCGGCCAGGCUGGCGGGACUCGGAGCUGCUGCGGCAGUGCCGCGGCUCGGAGCAGAUGCUCUGGGGGCUGCCCUGCUCCUGGGUGCAGGUGCCUGCCCACACGUGGGGCCACUCGGAGGAGCUGGCCAAGGUGGUGCGCGGCCGCAUCCUGCAAGAGCAGGCCCGCCUCGUGUGGGUGGAGCGUGGCAGUGGCAGAGGCUGCAGCAGCAGCAGCGAGGCCUGAGGGCCCCUUCUGAUGCCUGCGGCUUCCUCAAGCACUGCAGAAGCCACCAGCGGAGACCCUGGUGCCUGCGGCGGAAACUGGUCCUCCCUGUCCUGAGCCUUCCCAGGCCUUUCGGCCUCGGCUCUGGGCUCUCACGGGAGGGAUCUCAGCCCUCGGGCAGAGUUUCCACCCACCCUGUACAUGCUGCUCUGGGCCUUUCUGUGUGCCCCCGUGUCUCUGUCCCCACGCGAGGGUCUGUGUCCCUCCAUCAUUGCUUACCCUGAAGCACCUGAAUUCUCACUCCUGUGUACAGGUUUACACACCCAAGUUCUCACAGGGUAGGCUCCUGUCUGUCCCUACCCCCUGGGCACACGAGGUCUCCUAGGCGCUCAGCCUGUUCUGAUCCCAGGAGCCUCGGGCCUGCCUUUGUGACUCCCACCUGUUGAGCUCACGUUUCUUACACAUGGGCAUUGUGGCUUCCCUGGUCUACUGUCACCUGUGCCCCUUGUGUCUUCUAGUCACACACAUGUCUGUGGUUCUCUCCUGUGUAAAUGUUGUGCCCCACACCCCUGUGACACUUGGGCACUAACACACGUGUUCCUGGUGAGCACACCUAGGACCAUGUUCUCACAGUGCCCGCUCCCUGCCCUGUCCCUUCUCAGGGAGACAGGUGGAGAGGGGGCUGGCUGCUCCAUCCCCAGAAUGUAUGGCUCGUGAAUUUUUAAUGGGCCUUUUUUACUCAGAAGCUGCACAUUAUGGAACAUUAAACAAUUUGUCAUAGAA